GACGCUCAGUGCCCGCCUCCGGGCCGGAGGGAGCAUAUGAUUGGUCAGUCUGGCCCUGGGUCGGAGAUUUAGUGAUUGACAGUAAUGCCCAGAGACAGGCAAGCUGGAAGCCUGAGUAGCGGGUGAAGUUAUCUGCGGCCGCGCGGCCGAGGCUUUAUGGACCAUGUGCUGCUACGUAUGCCUGAAGUACUUGAAAUGCACGUUUGGAGAGACUUUGCCAUCUAAAUGCUUGGCUGGAUUAAGCGCCUAAUUAGGAUGGUUUUUCAACAGGUUGGAGUAAGCAUGCAUUCGGUACUUUGGUCUGGGAAGCCCUAUGGUUCAUCUCGAAGUAUCGUAAGGAAAAUUGGUACUAAGUUAUCUUUGAUCCAGUGUCCAAGAGCUCGAUUUCAGAUUACCAGUCCUACAACAGAAUGGAGCCCCAGCCACCCAGGAGAGGAUGCAGUGGCCUCUUUUGCUGAUGUUGCAUGGGUAGUUAAAGAAAUAGGAGAGUGUUCAACAAGACGAAGGACAGAGAUCAGGUCAAGGCAGCCCCUUCAGGAUGACCUUCCUUUCUUCGAGAAGCCCCCAGGCAGGCAGUUUUCCUUACCAAACCUGAGUCCAGAAGAGCCUCAACUAAAGACUCCGACACUAGCCAAUGAGGAAGCACUGCAGAAGAUCUGUGCUCUUGAGAAUGAACUUGCUGCUCUAAGAGCUCAGAUUGCCAAAAUCGUGACCCUGCAAGAACAGCAAAAUCUCAUUGCAGGUGAUUUAGAUUCUACAACUUCUGUUACCACAGCACCACCCCCUCCACCGCCCCCUCCGCCGCCCCUCCCUCUGCCAGGGCCCCACCCAAGUGUGUCUGCUAUUGACCUGAUUAGAGAGCGGAGAGAGAAAAAGGCCUGUGCUGGGAAGACUUUGGUGGAGAACAAUCCAAAGAAACCUGAUAUGCCAAAUAUGCUAGACAUACUUAAAGAUAUGAACAGUGUAAAACUUCGGUCAGUAAAAAGGACAGAACAAGAUAUAAAGCCCAAACCAGCAGAUGCUACCGAUCCUGCUGCCGUCAUAGCAGAGGCUCUGAAAAAGAAAUUUGCUUACCGGUAUCGAAGUGAUAGCCAAGGUGAAGUUGAAAAAGGAAUUCCAAAGUCUGAAUCCGAGGCCACCUCAGAAACAGUGCCGUUUGGGCCACACAUGUUGAAGUCUACAGGAAAAAUGAAGGCUUUAAUUGAAAAUGUUUCAACUUUCUAAUAGAUAUUGGGUUAAGAAAGACUAUGCUGGUCCAGCUGUUGGUUUGUUAGGGCUGUUUGGUCAGUAGAAAUAAAUACAAUUUAAUAAAUACAUGAAUUUAAUAUUCAGUGGUCCCCUUUAUCUGAGGAUUAAGCAGUAACAAAAGCACUCUAAGUUUGUAUUUGCAUUUAUAAGGAAGUCAGUUCUGUUCUGAAAUUUUCCAUAUGUUUUCUGACAUGUUUUUAAUAUGGUGCCAGGGUGUUUAGGUUUCCAGUCUCAAAAACAAUUUUAUAGAUUACAGAACAAGGACAGGACAUUUGUAGAUGUUUUUAAAUCUUAACACUAAUUUAUCUGUACAAAUGUUUUAUAUGCACGUAUUUGGACAUAAAACAGUGUAUGUAAAAUUCAGCAGUGACAGCAGUGAGGGUACUGUUCCCAUCAUUUGUUUCAGUGACUGUUUACUGUUUGCUGCUGGGAAGGCUGGCAGAACCCAGUUGUUGGAGUGAAGUAUUUGAUGGAAUCUUUGCCUUGAAUAGAACUUCGAUCUUAAGAUUUUCUCUCACAUAUUCUCGAGAUGGUGUUUUGAGUGGGAACCAGAUGUUUCCUAAUCAAAUUCCAUAAUACUUCCCUUUAAAUGGAAGUCAGGGACCAUGAAAGCUGCUUUUACUUCAUUGCCAGUGUGAGGAAGUGAGGAAGAAACUGGUUUUCGAAUAGUGAGGAGUCAGGUUAUGGAACUAAUUUAAAGUAGAAACCAGAAUGUGCCACCUUCCUUUCCUUUCAGUUUAAUAAAUGGCAUAGUAAAGAUGACUUGUGGCUAAGUUAAUAUUUCUGGAAAUGUUAGCAUAAUGGAGUUAAAAAAUUUUUUAAUAUUGGUCAACUACAGUAGUAGCUUUAUAAUGAAACAUUGGACAGGCGAAAGAAUUUCCUCUAUGUUGUUUAUCAUUGUUCAGAAUGCUGGUCUGUUGGUUUAUGUUAUGUGACACAGUCCUUAGGCGUUACUAGAAAGUGGAGAACUGCCUUUCUCAUCAGGGCUGAAAAAAUUGUUUUAAGUCAUUGUUUUUAAAUGCGUGGUACAUUUUCAUGAUUUUAUUUCUGUUAAAUAAUACUCAGCUAUAGUUAAUGCCAGAAUUUCCUACCAUGAGUAUUUGGAUUAUUUAAAUAUAGCUAAAAAGAAAACCUUGUACUUUCUGGGAGGCUAAGAGAUGAGAAGAUUAAACAUUCACUUCUAAGUUAUUGAAAAUAUGUGUGAUGGUCUAAAUAUUAGAAUAUAGUAGCCAAGGUAGUUUAUAUGGUUUGGUUAUUCAGCUUAAAUUUGAAUUGGCUUAUUUUACAUGUUAAUGUACAUUGUUCCUGAUUUAUAUGGUUUAGAAAUUCUGCCUUUAAAAGAAAGAAAAUUCACCUUACAUAUUUUUGACCUCUUAAAUUUGUUACCAGUAUUGAAUUUUGGCCACUGCUCCAAUAUAAGGAAGCUACUGUUCUGAAAUAAAGCAAACUUUUAUUUUCCUUGGA